UCAAAACAGUGUUAAGUUGUUAAAUGUUGUACACUGAAUAGUUAUAGUUAACAAAGUAAUCGAUGUUAACAGCUUUAUUAUAUAUUGAAUCCUUAUUGUAUAUUAUGUUAAGUAUAUAAUGCAUUUCUUAUUUAUAAUAUUGUAAUAGGAAAAUCGUAAUGGAUAUAGAUGCAAGCUUGGACCCUCCCAAUCAAUCUGAUACUAAUCAAAAUGAUAACAUAAACAUUGAAACAAAUGUAGCCACUGCAGCCGAUUUUUUUCAGUACCCAAAGUUAUUUUCAAGCAAAACUUUAUUAGAACUUUGCAACUCUUCUUGGUCUCGUUCUUGUAGAGCAAAAAAUAAUAUACAACCUUAUUUACGUGGAUGCAAAUGGUCCCCAGAUGGGACAUGCUGUUUAACUGUAGUGAACAAUGAUGGAGUACACAUUACAGAACUUCCUAAAGACCUAUACUUUGGCUCUGUUCAUCCUGAAAGGACAAUAGAUGUUUUAGAGUCAGUAAUUCAUGUCAAAGAAGCUGGUCUAGUCUAUGACUUCUGUUGGUACCCUGGAAUGAAUAGUAAUGUCCCUGAAACUUGCUGCUGGUUAACAACAAGACAAAAUGACCCAGUGCAGAUGUGGGAUGCUUUUGAUGGAUCUCUAAGAGCUUCGUACCGUGGGUUUAAUGCAGUUGAUGAGAUGGAACCAGCUUUAUCAGUCACAUUUAAUCCAGAAGGCACUAAAAUUAUUGCAGGAUAUAAAAAGAUGUUACGCACAUUUGAUGUUGAUAGACCAGGAAGAGACUUUGGAGAACACAAGACAAAUUCACCAGCUUCAUGUCUGGCUACAGAUAGAAAUCUCCUAGCCAUAGGUUCAUGGAAUACCACUAUCAGUCUUUUCAACAUGAGUGAGUUAGGGACUUAUAAAAGCAUUGGCAAAAUGCAUGGGCAUACUGGUGGUGUGACCCACAUAAAAUUUACUCCAGAUGGCCUUAAAUUAAUUUCUGGUGCUAGAAAAGAUCAUAGACUACUUGUAUGGGAUAUUCGGUACUACAGAAGGCCACUCAACAUCCUUACCAGAGUAGUGGAUACAAACCAAAGAAUAUAUUUUGAUGUGUCUUCCUGUGGUAAAUAUUUAGUAACUGGAGGAACUGACGGGGUGACUAAAGUAUGGGAUGUGGACUCAGUUAAUUGGAGCGAAAGCAUUAAUGUUACUGAAGUUUCAAAAGAUAAUGCAACUUUCAGGUUUCCUCUACACAAUGAUUGUUGCAACAGCAUCUCAAUUCAUCCUUUGAGGCCUAUUCUAGCCACGGGGUCAGGCCAGUACCAUAUCAAUGAUCCUGUAUCAGCACUUGAAGAUGGUGGGAUGGAUAUUGACAAUGUAAAACAUUUGGAUAAAGAUGUAUCCAUAAAUAGUGAUAUGAAAUAUUCAACUAAUGCCGAAAACAGUUUAGUGUUUUGGUGGAUUGGAGAUAUUCCAAACAUUACAUAGAUUAAGUGUAUGCUAUAAACAUUUAAACGAG